AUGUAUUUGCUUGAUCAAACAUUUCAUCGAAAACCUGAGUUUGUACAUGAAAUCGAAAACAUCACAGCCUGUCCUUCCAUUAAAGUUCCCUAUCCUCCUCCAAUCUCAGCUAGGGAGCUAAUCUUUCACAAAAAAAAUGGGGAGGUUCCUGCUCUACUUUCGACUUCGCAAAAUGAACAAGUAUCUUUGGGAAAAUCUCAACCUUAUGAUGCUCAAACUUCCACUGUCCAAACUACUGAUCGUUUCAUGUCAAUGGACGAAUAUCCCACCCAACCCGCAAAAUUAAAUGAAUUUUUAAAUGAAUUCGAUACUUGGCUUGAUAAUAUCAUUUGGAAUAACUUUCCCAUAUCUGACUCAAAUCCUAUUUAUGUUGAUUCCUCCCCUUUUACCGAUAAUAAAGGAUCUGAAGAAGAGAUCGGUCUAUCAUAUACUACUAAUAUUCGCACAUCACCAUUCAUGAACCUUACGCCUUCUGAAAUGACCGUCAAUCAUGCCAUUUUGCCCUUUCGGCAAUGA